AACGGAGCCGCUCACAUGCGACGCGUUUCCUGCUUCGCCAAAAAGCCCUCAGCCGCCCGCACAACAUCCGGGAUCAUGCUUCUCAUCAUUUUCCUAAUCAGUGUGUUAAGUGUAUUGGGACCGGAGGGUCAGAGCCCGAGCACGACGCUGCGCCCCCCGGUGACCGAGGAGAGCGGUCAGUGCUCGGCCGCGUGCGAGUCCCGACAGCAGAGUAAACUGUUGCGCCUGCACUCCAUUCGCUCGCAGAUCCUGAGCGCGCUGCGCCUCGAGCGCGCGCCGAACCUCACCAGGGACGCGGCGAGACAGCUCGUGCCCAGAGCGCCGCCGCUGCUCGAGCUCCUCAGCCGGUACGAGAGGCAAAAUGGCAGCACGGGCGAGGAUUACGAGGAGGCGGAGGAGCGCGAGGAGGCCAGCACCGAGACAAUCAUCACCAUGGCGACGGAACCUCAAAGCGUAUCUCAGACCAACUCGGUACCGCGGUGCUGUUUAUUCUCACUCAGUCCCAAGAUUUUGCCGGACAACAUCGUGAAGGCUCAGCUGUGGAUCCACCUGCGUCUGGGUAAAGAGGCCACUAGCAUCUUCAUGCAGAUCUCACACUUUCAGCCGCCCUUCUACAGCAACCCCAGACCCAAAGUCCUCUCUCUGAAGAUCGACGCCAACACCCAGACCAACCCGUGGCAGAGCGUCGACAUGAAGCCGCUGCUGCAGUCGUGGCUCAAGCAGCCCGAGAGUAACUUCGGCAUUGAGAUCAAGGCCUUUGACAGCCAAGGGAAAGACUUGGCCGUGACCUCUGCUGAGUCAGGAGAGGAGGGGCUUCAACCCUUUCUAGAAGUCAAAAUUGCAGAAGCGCCGAAACGUUCCAGACGAGAAUCCGGCCUCGACUGCAACGAGCGUUCUUCUGAAUCCCGCUGCUGCCGCUACCCGCUCACCGUAGACUUUGAAGACUUCGGUUGGGACUGGAUCAUUGCGCCUAAGCGCUACAAGGCCAACUACUGCUCGGGCGAGUGUGAGCAGGUCCACCUGCAGAAGUUACCGCACACACACCUGGUGAACAAGGCGAACCCUCGUGGUACGGCUGGACCGUGCUGCACGCCUACCAAAAUGUCCCCCAUAAACAUGCUCUACUUCAACCACCGAGAGCAGAUAAUCUACGGGAAGAUCCCUUCUAUGGUGGUGGAUCUCUGCGGCUGCUCCUGAGGCUUGCCUUAGUGUUGGGAUUCCAGCUUCCUUUCUAUGCUGACACUCAUUAAACACAUCUGAUAGAAAGUCUGAGGGAACAUAGAGGAAUUCUGCUUCAUCUCUAACACAGUGCUACUGAGCUGCACCUCACCAUGUUUAACUCGUUUCUGCGUAGAGCAACACUGAAUGUUGUGGAAUAUGUGCGAAUCCUGUCUCACUUAAAAAUAUUACUCAUACCAUAAAGACAUCACCUUCACCAGACUCUCUCGUUUCUCUCUCUUUUGAAGAUAAUAAGUAAAAUCUCAGCUUGUCAUGUUACUGAGAAACAAAUGAUGCCUGAACUCCUCCGUCCUGAAGAUGUCAGAAGGUGUAAAGUUCCAGCGUUACCUCUGACUGACACUGGAGACUCCCUCCACACAUUUUAACGUUAUUAAAUGUCUUUUUACUUUCAGAAACUUCACCAUAACAACUAAGUGGAGUGUCUGUUGUACAAGUCCCAAUGAAGGUGCCUUUACUAUAGAAACAACAAAAAUCUAAUUUUUGGACUAUUCCAAGACUUGGAGAUGGAGGACAUUUUUCUUUGUCCUGUCAGAAGUCUGACUAUUAUAAAAGUUAACUGUAAUUAUUUGAUCGCAGCAUUAACACUUCUGCUAAUGAGACAUUAAAAAAACAUUAUAGCAACACUAACAGGAAAAAACAACCCUUAACUGUUUUCUCCAUCAGCAGCGCUGAGAAGAUAACGUAAUUCCUGCCAUAUUAGCUAUAUGAACAAAGUGGAGAACAAACUUUAUUAGAUGUUUGUUCCAGUGUUAGUACAAGUGUUAAUACAGCUUUAGAGUGAGUGUUAUCUGAAAUACAGCUGAGUGUGUGGCAGGACUUGGAUUAGGAGUGUUGUUACUGAUUAGUGAGAGAAUGUGGGUGUGAGAGCGAGUGUUUGACAGUGAGAUAAAGAGUGAGAGUGUGAGAGUGAGACAGUGGCAGUGUGAGAGUGAGAUAGUGAAAGUGUGACUGAGUGUGAGAGUGCUAGAGUGAGACAGUGAAAGUGUGACAGUGAGCGUGUUAGAGUGAGAUGGUGAAAGUCUGAGAGUAAUACAGUGGGAGUGAGACAGUGAGAGUGAGGCAGUGGUAGUGUCAGAGUGAGAGUCUGAGACUGAAUCAGUAAAGGUGAGACAGUGACCAUGUGACAGUGAGAGUCUGAGAUUAAGACAGUCAGAUUGAGACAGAGAGAGACAGUGAAAGUGUGAGACGGUGAAAGUGUGAGAGUGAGACAGUGAAAGAUUGAGAGUGAGACAGUGACAGUGAGUGUGAGAGAGUGAGACAGUGAAAGUGUGAG